GUGACGUUUAGGAGCAGCACUGAAGGAUUGUUUUUAAUUUUUAUAGAUAUAGUAUUUUUAUGUCAUCAUGGACACGUUGGUACGGAAAAUAAUCUCCGACACGCCUGACGAGUUUGCAAAAGACAUUGUUACUUUCCAGGAGGAGUAUGGAACUAAGACUACAUUUGAAGAGCUAAACAUAGAUCAGUUGCGAACAAAACUAUGGGAACAGCUGAUCUGCUGUCUAUUGGAUGAUGCACGAUCCUCCACCACUCAUCAACAAUGUCUAUCUACUUUACGGAUUCUCAGCCGAGAUAAAACAGAUAUAAACGAAUGUACCUCAGAUGAACGAAUAAAUCUGAUAUUAAAUUAUGCAGCUCUGGGCGAUGCAAGUGAACAUACUCCUUCCACUAGUGUUAUCAUCGAAUCUCUGAAAUUGUUGAGCAAUCUUAUAUACAACAGUACAUACGUGCAACAAAAAUUGGAAACACCAUGUCUAUUUCGUCUAAUUGAUCGAAUGAGAAAAUACAACAGUGCCACUUCUUCUGAAAUGAUGUUUUUCGACACAAGAAUAGUAUUUCUAAUCACUGCCCUAAAGAAGGAUACACAAUCGUUAAUAAAGGAUAUCUUGCGUGGGGAUGAAUGUCUGAUAAAAAUUUUGGAAAACAUAAGUACUCAGUGCGAACAAGAGAAAACCAACACAAUCAAAGUAGAGGAUGCAUUGCUCGCGUGCGAAGUAAUGGCAGCGUUAUUCAAUUUAUAUAUGAAUCCCGUUCAUUGGACAGACAAGGAUAAUUACAGGAUGAAGAAUUUGAUUUCGAUUCUUUAUAAAUUACUGUUGUUCGAAUGUGAAAAAUGCGAAGACCUUCAAAGGAACAUAACGAACUUACUGAUGGUGGCACCUUACAGUUGUUACUCAACGAUCAUUCCACCAGCACAGGACACAGGGAAGCAUGUGUUUCAGAAUACGGACAUGCAGGCUGUGUCUAUUCUCUUGAAGUUCCUUGACAAAAGAUUAGACUGCAAGGACGACUUAAUCGGAAAUUUGAGUGCAAUCGUUACUACGUUCAUUAGAAUGGUCAAAGCUGAAAAAUUAAUACGGAAGUACACCAGAAUGCAGAUUCUACCUCCUUUGAAGGACGUGAUGCACCGUCCAGAAGAAGGGACGACUCUGAGAGCCAAGCUGUGCAAAUUGUUAACCUCUCCAUUGACACAGUUACGGGAUCUGGUUGCAGAGUUUCUGUUUAUACUCUGCAAAGAGAACGUGAGUCGUAUGGUAAAGUACACAGGAUAUGGGAAUGCAGCAGGCAUGUUUGCGAACAAAGGAUUAUUGGGUCUAAAUAGAGAAAAGGCGGGUUAUUCGUCUGAAUCGGAGGACAGCGAGACCGAGGAGUACCUACAACACAAGGAACAAAUCAAUCCAGUGACUGGCUGCUUCGAGCAUCCGAAGCCUAAUCCUUUGGAAGGGAUGUCGGAGGAACGGAAGGAGUACGAAGCGUUACAGCUUGUAGGUCUUAUCGACCAAUUGACGAGCCAGUCGAACAUGUUCUUGAGCUACAGAAGCAACCGCCAAGACAGCAAUAUUAUUUCGAUUUGGACGAUUCUGAUUAAAUGCUGGAAAAAACCUAUGCGCGCGCAGGACAAGAACAACGUAUGUUUCUCUACAAUGUUUCAAAGAACUGCAAUUAGAUUUUUUCUUAUUUUUUUUUCUCUUUUUUUCACGAGUUUCGACGACGACGACCACGACACCCGGCUUGGAAAUGUGUUGCCGCGGGCGAUGGGGCGACGGAGGCAAAUUGACAGGUAAAAAUGGCGGGAAAAAAAUCGUUUUUAAAGUUCACGGGGAACCAACUUGGAAUACACACGGUCUUUAAAUAUAUGAUCUCCGUGUGCGGCCGCCGGAGGACUCCACGCCGCCCGCCAUCAUCAUCAUCAACAACAACAACAAACCGGGGGGAAACACUGAGUGUCCCUCGCGAAAGAAAAGCCUCUCGACCCCCCGCCACAACGCGCGAGAAUACCUUCCCAAACGCGCCACACACAACGCACGCACGUGCACGCGAUGACACAUUUGACAAAUAUAUAUGUAUAUAUAUAUAUAAGUAGCAAAUGUCUCUCCGUAUAUCUUUAAUUACGUAAUAAUAUAGUAUUGUAGAUUAAAAUAUUUAUUCAUUUGUUUUUU